AGUUAAAGGGAGAGAAUUUCGAAGGGACGGUACUCAUUUCCCCGCCAGGCAGUAGCAAGUUGUGUUUGCGAAUUUUGCCACGAUGGCCAACUUUAUUGGUCGAAGAGUACGGAUCAUAACUGAUAGCCGAACGUAUGAAGGAUAUGUGCAUCUUCUGGACCAACAAAAUCAUCAGAUAUCUCUUCAAAAAGUGGUAAUUCCUGAUACUGGUAAAAAGUUGAAUGGACUACAGACCUUCUUCCAGGAUGAUAUAACAAACAUUGAGGUUCUGGAAGAGGAAUGCAAGAAAGUGGAAAAUGAUGAUAAACUUCUUUCAGAUAAAAGGGAGCAUGGACCUCGGAUGCUUCAUACCAAAUACUGUCCAUCGCAUUUAAAAAGAUUGGUAGAUUUUGAGCCAUCAAAUUAUCUUUUGAAAAAGGUUGUCAAUGAAGAAGAGGGUACUGGAGAUGUUCCAAAACCAGCUAAUAAAAGUUCUGACUAUGAUUCAAGCAGUGAUCAAGAAACUCUAGAUUUUGAAGACUGUAUCUACUUAUCUAAAAUCAAUCAAAGAUUCCAUGAUGCGAUUAGUCAUAUAAAGGAGCAGUCUGAGGUUGGAGUGUCUUUCUCAGGUGUGUGUAUUGGACGUGAUGGAAAAUUGUCAUUAGUUCAGGUUGCUACCACUAUAGACAUAUUUGUAUUUGAUGUCUUGUUAUUGGGACCUAAUUGUUGGGAUUUAGGUUUGAAAUCUAUUUUUGAAGAUCCAAGACUUUCAAAGGUGAUGCAUGACUGUAGGUUCCCUUCAGAUAUGUUACAUCACCAGUUCAAUGUUAAACUGGUUAAUAUAUUUGAUACACAGGUAGCAGAAGUAUUUGUAUACAAACUUUAUCACAAUGGAAGUUGGCCUAAGUGGGUAACCGGUCUCUCUUGUUCUUUAUUUGACCACCUUGGACUUCCUGAAGAUAUGGUUAACAACUUAAAGAUAAGAGAGAAUUUGAAAAAGGAAGAUCAAGAGGUUUGGAUGCAGCGACCGUUGAAAAAAAAUUUACUGAAAAUUGCCAUAAAAGAAGUAAUUCAUUUGAUACAACUGCGACAUACUUUGAUGGAGAAGAUGAUGGGAGAAUUCAUUGCAGGAGUUGAUGUAUACUUAGCACAAGUUAGGGAGGCAUCCAAAGAAGAUGUGAAAAAAUGCCAGAACAAUGCCCACAAACUUCCUGUUGCAUUUGAGAAUUUAUCAGGCUUAUUGGCCAGCAGAGACAGUCGCAGAUACAACCGACACCGUUACAACAGAGGACCACCAGAUGAACAUGACUUUAAUAAGGAUUCCUCUGGAUUCAAUGAAAACUGCAGAGGGAUCAUAGGCUUGGAUGUGAAAUACAGCAAUGCAUCUAUAUGGCAUGAAGGAGGAAUAUGGGAGUCAAAAUCUAAAAAAGAAGUAACAAGAGUUGCAGAAUCUGUGUCCAAAAGUAAGGACAAGACAAAUAAAAUAUCAUCUAGUAAUAUAUCGGAACCAGCAAUCUCAUCAGGUAAUAAGUCGGAAUCAGCUAUAUCAUCUGGUAAUAUGCCAGAACCAGCAAUAUCAUCCACUCCUACUGGGAGACAAACCUUACUGAAAACUCCUUCAUCUUUACUGGAAAAACUGAGGAUGGCUGCAAUGGUAGAUGAACAGAAAGUGUCAUGGGGUCACACCAAAGACAAUAAUGUUAACACUACGGCCAGUCAGAAGCCAUUUAAGAAUUCUGAGUCAGCUGAUGAUAACUCAGAUAAGGAGAUUUCAAUUGGACGUUCUAUAAGGUCAUGCAUUAAAUAUUACGAUUCUGAUACUGAUGUUCAACUAGUGCCAGCAGGUAAAAUGCUUCAGGUUGGGAAACUUAAUAAGCCAAAACAAAAACAAUUGACAGAAAUAGAGCAGAUGAGCAUGAAAGUGGAAGAAUUGAGCAACUACAUGAAUGAAGUGAACUCGUCAGAUAACUUGUCUCCUAACAACAAUAGAUCAUCUUUUUCUAUGGGAGAUUCUCUAACAAUUUCACCAAGAUCUCUAAAUGCAUCAUUUGGUGAAAACUAUGCAACAGCACCAACAACUCCAUAUCAGUCGGAUAUCAGUUAUUGCGAAUCUCCUAGUACAUCAAGGUCACAGAACACAUCGCUUGUAGAAAAUUAUCAAACUGCUCUAACAACUCCUGCCAUUAACUUAUCACAAAUUUUACAAUCUGCUUCACCAAGGAAAAGUUCAAUGAAUAUGACUAUGCCAAAAAGUCCUGAAAUCAUGCUCUCAACAGAGACUCACUCAACUGAAAAUUCGUUUUUCAACAAGAAUUUAAUAAGUAUGUGUUCUCAGGGCAGUGCAAGCUAUGAAUCAUCACAAAGACCUUUGACAUCUUCAUCAGAAUCUGAUUGUCCUUCAUUGUUUAGUCAUCAGAAAACAUAUUCACACAGUACAUUAUCAUCAUUAAAUGGGAAUUACUAUCCAGAGAAGGGGAAUAACUCUAUAGGAGUUUCAAAAGAUGAUUCAAGUGAUUCUUUAAAGACAUCUGAACUAUCUGAUGAUACAAGUAGCAGGCUUAAAUCAACAACCAGCAACAUUGAACGAAUUAGAAUCCUCAGGGAUGCAGCUAAAAAGAAGUCGCCUAAAUCCUAAGUAACAGUGCAGUUUUUAAAUUUUUCAUGAAACUGAGAUUUCAAAUCAUUGCUACUACUAUUGAAAAUGCAUUCAAAUGAAAUUGCUCACUUGAUGAAAUUACAUUCAAAGCUAUGAGUCAGCUUUAUUUGAUGGAGUCGAAACCUUUGUUUUAUUAUGAAUUAAAAAAAGUCCAAAGUA